CGUCGCUACUCAUUAGCCAGUGUCCUUCUCUGGUACCCCUUCUGGCUAAUUUGGGUUUUAGGGUUUUUUUCCCUCUCCUCCCCGUUUUCUCCAAAAACUCUCCUCCUGUUCAUGCAAAUCUGUAUUUUUUUCGAUGUGCGUACGAGUUUCCUGUCGUUUUUGUGCAUUUGAAUAAGAACCUUCUGGAUUUUUGAAUUCAUUCCCCUUUUCUUGACCUAAACAGUACAUCUUCCAAGUUUCUCCACGCUGAUGAGGAUACAGUGUUUCAGUCCUAUUCGAUGAUACAGAACAUUUUGUUUCCUUUUUAUUGUUUUGAAAUGCUUGAGAGCUGAAUCAUAAUUGAAGAUUAUCCCAUUCAAUCAAAGAUUCAAAGAUAAACCAAGAAAAGUAUGAUUGCCUUUGUGUGAAUAGCAUGGCUUGGUAAUAUGUGCCGCAAAUUGGAAACAGUACUUGCGGGAUCAGGGAUGAACCCAAGGGAGUUAUGGAGAAAAUUUUCUUCUAGUGCUGUUCAUACGCAGCGUUGCCAUGAUGAUCUUGCGUCACCAAGUUGCAAACAUCCUUCUGAUGAAAAGUUUGAGGCUUCGGGAAGUGCCCAUUCGGAAGAACGAGUUGAUGGGAACGGUUCGAAUGAGAAGUUAUCAGGCUCUGUGUUGACUGAUGAAGAAACAAGAUCGAGAGUUUCAUUUCAUGAGGAGUACAGCGGUAAUAACACUAACAGAGAGACAGUCACAACUUCUCUUUGCCCUGCAGGGCCAAUGUGUUUACAAGACGUUAAUAAAAGAGUCUCUGAUGAUAAUAGUUCUACAGAAGCUCAAUUUACAUGCAGCGCUUUGGACGGCUUUAGGGCAGAAGCACCAUGUAAUGAUUGCGGUAUUGUGUGUUCAUCUGGGCACUCUUCAGUUGAUUCAAAUUUUGUCCAAGUUGGCGCUGAGAUUCCGGCUGUACUUGUUGAAGAUGAUGUGGCGAAGAUGAGACCCGCUGGCAGCGGUUCGAUUGGUAAUCAGGAUGAUACAUGUGAUGAUCAACAUGAUGAUGCCCCAUUGGAAACAAUAGAAUUGUAUGCCAUGGCAAAUCAAGAAGACCGUUCAGACAUCCAUGACAGUAUGCUUUAUGCAGUGUGUCAUAGGACCAGAAAACUCAGAUCAUUCAAGAAGAAAAUCACCGAUGCUUUAGCUUCCAAAAGACUGAGAGAGAAAGAGUAUGAACAGCUCGCGAUUUGGUUUGGAGAUGCAACCAUGACAUCUGAUCUAGACACUGCAGAAGAAACUCUCUCUUCUAAAACCACUUCAGCCAUCGACACCAAAAGGCCACUUGAACCAGAAGACGAUUCAGAGUGGGAGCUGUUGUAGAUUGGCUACACAUCACUCCGUAAGGGGCAAAUACCGGUUUGUGUGUUACUAUUGGAACACCAGGCAAACACCAGUGGAUGCAAUCUGCAAAGUUUUUCGGGUGAUGAACUUACCACAGGUGGGUCGGAGACAUGCUCAUGAAGAAAACUCUUUGCUUCAUGGGAUCAAUCGUUGUUUCUAACCAUUUGGCCCAUGUCUCCAACGCUAUUCGGUAAGCAUUGGUCACAUUGUAUUCUCGAACUUCAUCUGUUUUAGGUCUGUAUCUGCAAGCAUUUCCCGACAAGAAAGAUAUCAGUUUACUUUUUCUUCUGGAUGAAAA